GCAAUCGUAAAAGAACUAAACGAUGUUUUGAUUUUGACAAGGCAAGUAGCCGGUUAGAACUUUUAAACGACAGUUGUAAAUUUUGCGGCAGAAAACAUAAAGGGUUAGAAUUCUCGUGCCUAAUUGCAGACACAAGUAAAGUGCUUGGUUUCAAAUUAUAAUGACGGAUUUACCGUAUCAAGCGGAAUAUGCAAAAUCAGGGAGAGCGGCCUGUAAAGGAUGUAAACAAAAAAUUGACCAAGGGGCUUUGCGGAUAGCCAUUAUGGUGCAGUCAGCCUUCUUUGAUGGUAAACAACCUAAUUGGCACCAUGAAGAAUGUUUCUUUAAGAAGCAGAGGCCAACAGUUGUCAGCGAAAUUGCAAAUUUUAAUAAACUCAAGACAGCUGAUCAACAGAGGAUAAAAUCAACCAUGAAAAAUUCCAUUGGAGUAGUUUUGCCAGUUGAGAAAUCUAAAGGGAAAGGCAAAGGCAAAAAAAGGGCAGCUGAAGAUUCAAAUACUGAAUCUAAUGCUAUAGCACUUAAGGACUUCCGUUUAGAAUACUCAAAAUCCAGCAGAGCAGCCUGUAGACACUGUGAAAUUAAAAUCUGUAAGGAUGAAGUUCGAAUUUGCAAGGUUGUGUAUGACACUGAAAUUGGAGCGAAGUAUGGGGGCCAACCACUUUGGCAUCACAUAAGUUGUUUUGCUAAACAAAGGAAUGAAUUGCUCUUCUUUGCUGGAGGAGAGAGUAUACCUGGAUUUGAUACCCUUAAGAAAGAGGACCAGAAGAUUGUUAAGACAGAGAUCAAACCAUUAAAAGCAGAUGAAGUACCAGUCAAGAAAUUGAAAGAAGAACCCAAGAAUGAAGAAGAGUUGAAAGAGGAAGCGGCGAAAGAGAAGAAAAUGGAGAAACAAAAUAAACUGUAUCAUAAAUAUAGGAGUGCCUUGAGCGAGCUGACUAAGUCGGAUCUGGAGGAGUUGCUUGAGGAGAACUCACAAGAAAUACCGAGUGGACGAGAUGCGUGUCUGGACCGCCUCGCUGACUGUAUGGCGUUUGGAGCCCUCCUGCCGUGCCCGGAGUGCAAGCAUGGGCAGCUCGUCUUGAGCACAUUUGGUUACAAUUGCACAGGUGACAUCAGCCAAUGGACAAAGUGCACGUAUGUUACACAGACUCCUAAAAGAGUGGCAAUGGUUGUCCCAAAAGCUUAUGCAGAGGGCAGCAUCUUCAAGAGAUAUAAACCUAAAACUGACGUCAGAGUGUUCGAGUCACAGCCGCCUCCUCAGCUCGUGUUCCUCAAAAAAGAAGAAGAAACUAAAGUUAAAAAAGACAUUCCAAUUCCACCACUAAAGAAUCUCCAGUUUUACAUUUAUGGCAAGUUGAGUAAUAAAGAGGAAGUUAAGAAGCGUAUCCUGAAGCUAGGAGGGCUGGUGGUCUCCAAGCUGACUGACACUCUAGUUGCGGUAGUAUCCACUAAGAAAGAGUUGGAGAAGAUGUCUGAGAAAAUGCAGGCGAUCAAGUCUAUGGAUAUCGAAGUAGUAGAAGAAACAUUCCUUGACUUAAUUGAAAAAGAGGGCACAAUCUCCAAAUCUUUAGAAAUUGUUAAGGAAAACAAUAUAGCUGAUUGGGGAUCAGAUCCAAGCACAAGAGUACCACAAGAUGUUCUAGAUGGAAAGUCAGUCCAGAAGUCUGGCAGCAUGUAUGUUAAAUCAACCAAGUCUGCAGUCAAACUCAAAAUUCAAGGCGGCACAGCGGUGGACCCGGCGUCCAACCUGCAGGACGAAGCUCACGUGUACACGGACCACGACGGUACCAAGUACACCGUGGUGCUGUCACAGACAGAUGUUGUCGCGCAGAAGAACUCAUACUACAAGUUACAGGUCUUGGAAGGUGAUAACAAGAAGAAAUACUGGUUGUUCCGUUCGUGGGGCCGCAUCGGUACGACUAUCGGAGGCUCUAAAGUAGAGCCGUGUCGUAAUGUGGACGAAGCUAUCGACAAGUUCUGCACGCUUUACAUGGAAAAGACCGAGAACGACUGGCAUGGCAGGGAUUACUUUUUGAAGGUCCCAGGUCGUUACUUCCCGCUGGAUAUGGACUACGGCACGGACGCUGCAAAGGUUUCACAGGAUCUUGCAUUAGACAAGACCUGCGAUCUCCCCGAGUCAGUACAGAAGCUUAUCAUCAAAAUAUUUGAUGUCAAUGUUAUGAAGAAAACACUUUUGGAGUUUGAGCUUGAUACUGAGAAGAUGCCAUUAGGAAAACUGUCUAAAAAGCAGAUCAAAUCAGGAUACCAAGUGUUAUCAGAACUGUUGACAUUAAUCAAUAAAGGUUCUACUAGUCAAAAUAAAAUAAUCGACGCUACUAACAGAUUCUUCACUUUGAUUCCACACGACUUUGGUGUCAACAAUGCUCCGUUGCUGGACAAUGUUGAGCUCAUUAAAUCUAAGACUGCGAUGUUGGACAAUCUACUCGAGAUUGAGAUAGCCUACAGCUUAUUGAGCACAGAUUCGAAGGAGUCGAGCCCCAUAUCGGCGAACUACCUGAAGCUGAAGGCGAGCAUAGCGCCGCUGGACCGCGCCUCGCCCGAGUUCCAGAUGAUCCAGGAGUACGUGCGCAACACACACGCCGCUACACAUUCCUCCUACACGUUGGAUAUCGAAGAGGUAUUCAAAGUGGUCCGCGAGGGUGAAGACAAGAGGUACAAGCCUUUCAGGAAGCUACACAACCGCCGGCUACUGUGGCACGGAUCGCGGGUCACAAACUUCGCUGGGAUCAUCUCUCAGGGUCUCCGCAUAGCGCCGCCCGAGGCCCCAGUAACUGGUUACAUGUUCGGCAAGGGCGUGUACUUCGCGGACAUGGUCUCCAAGUCCGCUAACUACUGCUGCACCAGCAUCAACAAUCCCACGGGUCUCAUGCUGCUGUGCGAGGUCGCACUCGGUAACAUGAAAGAGUGCCGUCAAGCUGAGGACGUGAAGCUGCCUCCCAACAUGCAUUCAGCGUGGGGUGUGGGCAAGACUCAGCCCGACCCCGCGGCCAGCCGCAAGCUAGACGACGGUACCAUUGUGCCUCUCGGCAAACCCGUCAACAACAAAGUCGACACCACACUGCUCUACAACGAGUUCAUCGUAUACGACGUCGCUCAAGUCAACGUCAAGUAUUUGUUGCAGAUGAAGUUCAACCACAAAUAUUAGUUGACGUGCCAAAAACUGUUUUGUUUUUAUACAUUAUUUUUGUAAUUUCAUUAUUGUGUCGUAUAUUUGUCUUUAUGAAAGUCUUAAGGUUAGUUUGUAUUUUGAUUUGACCUAAACAAAAUGUCGAAAAUUUUAAUAAUGGCCUUACUUAUUUGAGUAUAGUCUCGUUAAUACUAUAAAACAUUCUUCCGGUCUGUUUAGGAAUCCUGUGAUUAUGUAUUGUUACCUGGUUAGUUUCUACGAAAACCUGUUUUUAGCUCCCUAAGUGUUUCUAUACAUCAUGUAAAAUUCGUUGCAAUAGUGCAGCUGACCAACUUAUAAUAUGUUAUAUUAUUUGAUUACGCCUGUUAGAUUCCUAAUGCCUACGCGGAUAAUUAUAUAUUUUUAUACCAUAAGGUGAUUCUUUAAUGUUCGUUUUGAUUAUUUGAAGUACCUUGUUAUGUUAAUAAUUUGAUUGAUAAAACUGUAUUCACAAUCAUUCAAUUAAACACAUUGAUUAUACGA